AGGGACACGAAUUAUUUUGCAAAUUAUUAAUCGUACAAUUAUCGAUAAAUACACCAUGCAAAAAAGUGUGAUAGUUGGCGGGUACUUUUUAUAUAAUAUAAUUUAUAUAUUCAAUGCCAUGAACACUAUGGCCUCUACAUCCGUUGAUGAGUGGAAAGUAACUUACCCGAUAGAAUUAAGUACAAAUAUAAGUUGGACAAUUCAUAAUUUUAGUGCUAUCGAUACCAACGCCUUUGAUUCGCCAAUAUUCGAGCCAUUAGUUAAUCAUAAUGAACAUCAAUUUAAAAUAAAGAUAAAUACACGGGAUGGGCCGAUGAGAAAUUCUAUUGGAAUUCAUUUGCUAUGGAACUGUGUAGACAUGGAGAAACUCGAAAUAAAAUUCAGAUUCCGUUUCAAGAGUGAAGUCAGUGAUUUAAUUAUAACACGUGAAUUACGGCAAUUAUUUAACAAUAGUUUUAAAGGUUGGGGCCUCACACAAGCAACGCCUAGGAACAAGUUAGUAAAUCAGCAUCCUAAUAGUCAGCAUCCAAUGAAAGAUACUGUAACCAUCUAUGCUGAUAUAAGCUUCUGGGAUUUCAUAAAUAAUGACGAUAAAACAAAUUCGAAAAAAGUCACACGAUCAAUUUGCAAUAAAAACGAUAUCCGUGCCCUUAACGUUCUGCAUGCCAUCGGCAAAUUCUUAAAUUACAACAAGUACAGUGAUGUUACAUUUGUUGUUAAUGGUCAAAGUUUUCCAGCUCAUAUGGCAAUACUAGCAGCUCAUAGUUCAGUGUUUGACAGAAUAUUCGAGAGGAUAAAACAGAACUUAGAUGAGCCUAUAGUAUAUUUAAAUAAUUUCAAUUACGAUGCUUUUUACGAAGUUAUGCGGUACUUAUAUACUGGAAGAAUUAAAAAUUUGGAAAAGUAUGCCGACGAAAUCUCAAGAAUCGCAAUUUCUUUCAAAAUCAAUAAUCUUAAGGAUAUUAUUAAGGAAUCUUCGAAUAAAGGACUUAACUUUUCAAAUAAUGAUUUUUCCAAUUUAGUUAGUAGCGAUGAAUACAACAAACAUGAAAAUGUGAAUUUAAAUAACAAUGAUUUUGACAAUGUUUGAUUUUAAUCCAUCAGAUGACGCAAGAUUAGUAAUGAAAAGAUAUGAAUAAUUAU